UUGAAACAGUUGAGCUUCAACUGCGCUCGCGGCUGGUCGAAGAAAUAUACUGACGAUGGCUCGCUUGAUUGCUGGAGCUCGUGGAAUCUUGCGUCGCUACCCAUUUGUGACCAACAGUGCCAUCUACGGAAGCCUGUAUGUGGGGGCCGAGUUCUCGCAGCAGAUUCUGUCCAAACGCUGGCUGGCGCCUGCGUCAGAGCGUGAGGAAAUCGAUUAUGUAACGAUAGGAAGAUAUGCAGUGAUGGGUACCGCUGUCUAUGCCCCAACAUUAUAUGCUUGGUAUAAAUGGUUAGAUAAAACCUUUCCUGGUACCACCAAGACCAUCAUUUUUAGGAAAUUGGUCCUGGAUCAAUUUAUACUAACGCCUUAUCUAUUGACAGUUUUUUAUGCGGGCAUGUCCAUCAUGGAGGGCUCUGAGGAUAUUUUUCUGGAAUUGCGAGAGAAGUUCCUGCCGACUUUUGUACGUUCUUGCAUUUUCUGGCUGCCUGCUCAGGUUCUGAAUUUUUCACUGGUUGCUCCACGCUUUCGUGUCAUCUAUAUGGGCGUUUGCGGCUUGAUUUGGGUUAAUAUUCUCUGCUGGAUCAAGCGACAGAGUUUGUCCACAAUAAUAUAAACAACUUCAAACGAAGUCACACCAAAUAAAGACAGACCUGGAAACUACUGGGAAUAUUAGCCAUGCUCUAUGCAUAGCUACAUACAUAUGUACAUACAUACAUACAUAUAUGGAGCUAUGUUUGUAUGUGGUUUACCUGACUACCAAUUUUUCGGAACGCCAUUAAUUAAUACUUAUGCUCCGCACAUCUUGUUCAACUUUUUAGCCCCAUAUUUAUGUUGGGAUGGGUGUGUGCAUAACUGUUUCCAUCAACAUUGAAAAAUAUGAUUGGAUCCAAAAAAUAAUAAAUUUCAGUUUUUAAUAAUGA